UGGCGGCCAUAAUGGAACCGGAAAGCAGCCUGCUGGGCCCAGGGGAGCGUUGGGCGCCGGUGGGCGCUGUGACGGUAGAGCAGCAGGAAGAAGAAGAAGAAGAAGAAGAAGAAGAAGAGACGGCGGCGGGGUCGCCGCGGUCGGUGCCGCGGUUGCGGGCUGAGCGGCGCCGCCUGCACGGGGCGCUGCUGGCGCUGGCCUCGCACUUCGCGCAGGUGCAGUUCCGGCUGCGGCAGGUGGCCAGGGCCGGCCCGGCUGAGCAGCAGCGCCUGCUCCGCGACCUUGAGGACUUCGCCUUCCGUGGCUGCCCCGCGCCGCUGGCCCACGGGCUCGGGGAUGGCCCAAGUGAGCAAGAGAAGCAGGAGCGAAUUGAGGUCCAGAAGGAAAAGCAAAGAGAGCUGAUCUUGCAGCUUAAGACACAGCUGGAUGACCUAGAAACAUUUGCAUACCAGGAGGGCAGCUAUGACUCUCUUCCACAGUCUGUGGUUAUGGAAAGGCAACGGAUGAUUAUAGAUGAAUUGAUCAAGAAGCUGGACAUGAACUUGAGUGAAGAUAUUGCAACACUCUCUCCAGAAGAAUUGCGGCAGCGUGUGGAUACUGCCAUAGCACAGAUUGUUAAUCCAGCUCGGGUGAAGGAACAGUUGGUGGAACAACUAAAGACACAAAUAAGGGACCUUGAAAUGUUUAUCAACUUCAUUCAAGAUGAAGUUGGAGGUUCUGGUAAGGCGGAAGAUGGACACUGUGAGUGUGCAGGCAGAAAAGAUGGUGGUGGUUCCUACAAACCAAAUAUCUGGUCUUCUGGAAACAGAGUGAACCCAGAAGAUGCCAAAAAGUUGAGAGAAACAGGCCUGCACCUCAUGCGUCGCAUGCUUGCUGUGCUACAGAUAUUUGCUGUUAGUCAGUUUGGUUGUGCCACUGGUCAAAUUCCUCGCAGCCUCUGGCAGAAGGACCAAGCCAACAAGGACUAUUCUCCCUUAAUUAAGAAACUGGAGCUGUCGGUAGAUCGGGUGAGGCAGCUAGCUUUGAAACACCAGCAGGGUGACCACGUUAUCAGUUCUUCCGAUCUGCAGGAUGUUUCAUUAGGAGGGAGAGAUGAACUGACUCUGGCUGUGCGGAAGGAGCUGACCAUUGCUUUGCGAGAUCUGAUGGCUCAUGGGCUCUGUGCCUCUUCUCAAGGGAUGAGCCUGGUGUUGGCACCCAUUGCAUGCUUAAUUCCUGCAUUCACCUCCUCACCACAGACCAUGCACCCCUGGGAUCUCUUUGUGGAGUAUUACAAAACUAAAAAUGGACAGGCCUUUGUGGAGUCUCCAGCUCGCAAGCUCUCCCAGUCCUUUGCCUUGCCUGUGACAGGAGGAGUCACCAUCACACCCAAACAGAGCCUGCUGACAGCAGUUCAUACAGUUCUCACUGAGCAUAACCCCUUCAAGCGCAGUGCAGACUCUGAACUGAAAGCUCUAGUGUGUAUGGCGCUAAACGAGCAGCGCUUGGUCUCCUGGGUAAACCUGAUCUGCAAAUCUGGAGCUUUGGUGCAAUCUCACUACCACCCGUGGAGCUACAUGGUAAACACAGGCUUUGAGAGUGCACUUAAUAUCCUCAGUCGUCUGAGCAACUUGAAGUUCAACCUCCCGGUUGACCUGGCUGUCCGGCAGCUGAAGAACAUCAAAGAUGCUUUCUGAUGUAUUUUUAUUUUAGAUCAUCCACUUUUCACAAGUGAGCAGCUGUUGAUCUCCAGAAGCCUAGCUUUUUUUUUUUUUUUUUUUUUUUUUUUUUUCCUUCUUCUUCCUUAAGACUGAAUUCUGCUCUUUGAAAUCGAUACUUGCUUUUAGGAAAAUCUUGAUGCUGGUGGCUGGGUGCGGUAUGGCACUUUAUCCUGCCCUUCUUAUGCAGUUCUGAAUGGCAAAAUUGGUGAGCAGAUUAAUGCCGUGCUGGAUGGGUGCAGGAGGGUCCUGACCACGGAGCCUGUCCACGGGAGCACAGUGCAUCUGAGCUGUUGUGCUGCAUCUGCACACUUAUUUCAAAAUCUGUGGUCUAAAUGGUGCCAGUAUGAGAUACCUCUCAGGAGAAGUGAGGCAGUCUGAUAUCUGCUUGGGAGUGGGAGUUUGGUUGCUUAUGUUUGAUGUGGCUGCGCAGGGGUGAGGGAUUUGUUUUUCCCAGUGUGAAUGUAAGAGAACUGGGGGCAAAUCCUGCUGAGGAACUGGGUAUGCACUGAACCAGUAAUAUUCAGGCUGCUGGAUGAGGGAGCUGACAUUCAAAUUACUUUGCAAGCAUCCCAGAAGAUCCUUUUCUGAAACUUCUGUGCAGAGAUCAGAGCACCAGGGCUGUGGUAUUCCACAGUGGAUGUAUUAAACUGCUCUAAUUAGUGUCUGUGUGGGGAAAAUCCAUUUCCAGUGACUGUGUUUUAAUUUGCGUUGGUUAUUAGCCCUUGUGAUGCAGGUGCAGUGGCUCACUUGGCUUUGUAAUAUUUAUAAUAUCAUUGUAACGUAUCUGCAGUUCCUGAUGGCGUUAGGAUUUUUGUGUCUGCUGUAACAGCACCUCCCCUGCUGGGCGUGGACUGCGCUGCUGCAAGGGAUCCUGAAAUGAAAUUGCGGGAAGAGCGCUGCCUUACAAUGCAGCGUUAGUCGACACUGCACUGACGGCCCGGGCAGAACCGUCUGCCGUGUGGAGGCAUCGAAGGCGCUGCGCCGGGCUGCUGCCGGGGACGAUGCGGGGGGAGCGGCCGCGGGACGGCGGGCAGCUGCCCGGCAACUGCGGGAUCGCUGCGCGCGUGCGGAUGGGGCGGAAG